AUGGCUGAUGAAGAUAGGUGGUAUCGAAAGGCUUUUGGUAAUAUAUGGGCAUCUGAAGGAAAGGAGUUUCCAAGUUCGGACCAUUCAUUCAAAAUGAGGAAAACCAGUAUAAUAUUGAAGUUGGAGAAACAACGACAGGAGUCGCUUAUCAAGAUGAAAGAGUUUGAAGAAAAAAUUGCUUCCGAUGAAUGGAAAAAGCGUAGAUUAAAAGAUGGGGACCUAGAUUCUGUGGCUAAGAAAUUGAAAGGAGACCCAAACUCUUCAAUGAAAAUCAAGAUUAAGAAUUUGAGAUUGGAUAAAGAGCAGACUCAAGAGGUGGAGCAGUGGGACGGAAGGAAAGAGCUGAGUGCAUCGAAUAUUGGUGACUUUGCUGUUGGUUCUGUAAAACCUAAAAUACGCGGCGUAGAUUCCAGAUAUGUAGAAAACAAUUUCAACAGUAAUGGGGUAGUAAAUGGUUCUAGAAUUGCCCCUUCUAAUGUGGUGGAUCAGCCCAUCGUGCCAGGGUUAGCAGAAAUCAGCAAAAGCAUUCCUAGGGUUGGAGCUGGUACUGGUGCGGGUACUGGAGCUGGUAGAGAUAAACAGGAGAUCAUUCUGUCUCGAGACAAAGACGGAUCGAAUUAUGUAGAGGUUGGCAAUUCAAGCGUAGGCUCCUCUCAGACAGCGAUCCAGCCCAACCUAGCUGAGCAUAUAUUAAGUAGUCCAGAGAAAGCUCACGUCAGCAUACCGAAAGUGGUAUCUCCCGCACCUUCUAUUGGCUUUUCCGGAGUGAGGUUUAAUAUGGGUAAUUUACAAAAGAGGCAAAGGAAAGAAAAAGAUACCAGUGGUGGAGACGGUAGGGAGCCUACGGGUGGUAUAGUUAACUCCGCAAAGGUGGACUCGGUGGGCCAAGAACCCAAAACAUACAGCGAGAAGACAUUAAAAUCCAUACAAAGUCAGCUAAAGAUCUGA